UCACCGUUCGAUUCGUUUUGGCCUUAUAACAAGAUGAAAGGAUAGCCCUAACAAAUACUGUACGCUUUUAUGGUACCCUUUAAACUGAGCGAUCAAGUUCAGCUCUGGUUACGUGCAUUGGGACAGAAAGGAGGAGGGGUGGAGAGAGCGAGAGACUGCAAUAUCAUUUGUGAAUCGUUCAGAGUGCUGCAGAUACAGAUUGCAAACACAUGCAGUGCAAAUGCAGGUGAAAAAGAGACGCGCAGGCUGAGAAUGCAGGUCUUGGAACGGUUUAAUUCUUGGGGUCUUAACUACAAGUCUCUAGCAUUUUUUGGAAUUACAGUUUUCCACCAUUUACUUAAACAGCUCAAUUGGUCUGUUAUGACCAGCAGCUGAUUACAUUUUAGAGAAACAUUUUUACAUUUUAAUUACUGGAUGAAAAUACAUCUCAUCACUUGGGUAUUUGUAUAUUCAGCUACAAGGUAAGAAGACGAACUGUUUUGUAAAGUAUCAGUAGUUUGGAAUGAAUAUGACUUGGUUCUGCAAGGGGGAACUGCAAAUUAAGUAUAGACUGCCAUACGAGACUGGGAUAUAAAACAGAAGAAAGCAUUUGGAGGUGCAUUAGUUUUUGUGUUUGUUUGUGUCUACAAACCAGAGGACUUGGAUAAAGUAGAAUUGGUUGGUGGAUGAACAGGACAUGUUUUGCUUGUGAAAAUUUGUUUUACACGCCGAUUCAAGUGAAAAAAAAAAAUCUCAGCAGCCAACAUGACUCAUGAAAGAACCUACGAGUGCAAAUUGCAAGGUUGGUGAAAAAAAGAAAAGAAAAAAGUGCUUUAUAACAACGUUAACUAAACACGAGGAUUCUUGAGCUGUAUAUGCUAUUAUUUUUGAUAACGUGUAAAUCAUCUGAAACGCUAUGAGAAGACGCACGGGUUUAAAGUCACAUGCAUUCUAAACCGCUCUUGAGAAAAAAGACUACAUAAUUAAGUACGAGUGCAGGUAUAAGUAUAACUGAUUUUAGAGCAUUUAUUAUCAAUAUAAUAUUUUUUUUUUUUUAAAAAAUCAAGACUGCAAACACAAACCAAAUUAUUGUAUACAACCAUGAGGACUAUUGGUGCAGUGGACUAUUUAUGCUUCUGGCUGAUCAUCCUGCAGCUCUUGCUGACUCAGGCAGCUGCUAAGCAAGUACUGCGAUAUCGGCUGGCAGAGGAAGGACCGUCUGAUGUUCGGAUAGGGAACGUAGCCUCAGACCUAGGAAUCGUAGCUGGUUCUGGCGAGGUCACUUUCACUCUUGAAUCAGGAUCUGAUUAUUUUAAAAUUGACAACAUCACUGGGGAGCUGAGUACUAAUGAACGAAGAAUUGACAGAGAGAAAUUAGCACAGUGCCAAAUGAUAUUUGAUGAAAAUGAGUGCUUUGUAGAUUUCGAAGUGUCUGUAAUAGGUCCGUCUCAAAGCUGGGUUGAUCUGUUUGAGGGAAAGGUGAUCAUUUUAGACAUAAAUGACAACACUCCGACUUUCCCAUCCCCUGUACUAACUUUGUCUGUGGAAGAGAACAGACCUAUAGGAACACUGUACUUGCUGCCCACAGCUACUGAUAGAGAUUUUGGCAGGAAUGGAAUAGAGAGGUAUGAGCUUAUACAGGAUACUGGGGAUACAGGUAGACGAGCUUCUGGGGGUCGUACAGAUAACGGGGAUAGCUAUUCAGGCAAAAGAAGGUUUGAUGCUGAUGGGGUAGGGAGAAGCAGUGUUUUUGAACUUCAAGUUGCUGACACUAGUGAUGGAGAGAAGCAACCACAACUGAUUAUUAAAGGGGCACUGGAUAGAGAGCAGAGUGACUCUUAUGAACUAACACUGCGUGUCAGAGACGGUGGCGAACCCUCUAGGUCCUCCCAAGCUAUCCUCCGCGUUUUGAUUUCUGAUGUGAAUGACAAUAGCCCCCGUUUUGAUAAAAGCAUCUAUGAAGCUGACUUAGCAGAGAACAGCACUCCAGGGACACCUAUACUACAGCUAAAAGCCACAGAUGCAGAUGUUGGGGUAAAUGGGCAAAUAGAGUAUGUAUUUGGGGCAGCCACAGAGUCAGUACGCAGACUGCUUAGACUAGAUGAAAAUUCCGGCUGGUUAAGUGUUUUGCAUCGCAUAGAUAGAGAAGAGGUAAGCCAGCUACGCUUCACAGUAAUGGCAAGGGACAGGGGACAGCCCCCCAAAAAUGAUAAAGCCACAGUUGUCUUAAACAUCAGAGAUGAAAAUGAUAAUGUGCCAGUAAUAGACAUCAGGAAAAUUGGUCGAAUAACUUUAAAAGAUGGGAUAGCUAAUGUAGCAGAAGAUGUGGUAGUAGAUACCCCUAUAGCUUUAGUACAAGUGUCAGAUAGGGAUCAAGGGGAAAAUGGGGUAGUUACCUGCACAGUGGUUGGGGAUGUCCCAUUCCAGCUAAAACCUGCAAGUGAAAUAGAAGGAGAACAGAAUAAAAAAAAAUAUUUCUUGCACACUUCUGCCCCACUGGACUAUGAAGCUACACAGGAGUACAAUGUUGUCAUUGUAGCAGUGGACUCUGGAAGUCCUAGUUUAUCCAGCAAUAAUUCAUUGACUGUAAAGGUUGGAGACACCAAUGAUAACCCACCGAUAUUUAGUCAAAAUGUGGUCGAGGUGAGAUUUGCUGAAAACAAUGCACCAGGAGAAAGAGUGGCAACUGUGGUUGCAAUAGAUGCAGAUAGUGGUAAAAAUGCUGAGAUUGCUUAUUCUCUCGACCCCUCUGUAUCUGGGAUAUUUUCUGUAGACCCAGAUUCAGGUGACAUCACAGUGAAUACUGUUUUGGAUCGAGAAGAGACUGAAAUAUAUACAUUUAAAGUGAUUGCCAAAGACAAGGGCAUUCCUACACUCCAGGGAUCUGCUACUGUUGUUGUCCAGGUAGCAGACAAAAAUGACAACGAGCCCAGAUUUAUGCAGGAUGUUUUCACCUUUUAUGUGAAGGAGAAUCUACCACCUAACAGCCCCGUUGGGAUGGUUACAGUAAUGGAUGCUGACAAAGAUCACAAUGCAGAAAUGAGCCUCUUCACUGAAGAGGAGGAUGAUAUUUUUUCCAUUGAAAAUAGUACUGGAACAAUUUAUUCCACCAUGUCGUUUGACAGGGAGCAAAAGACCACCUACACUUUUAGAGUCAAGGCAGUUGAUGGCGGAGAUCCACCAAGGUCUGCUACAGCGACAGUAUCUUUGUUUGUGAUGGAUGAAAAUGACAAUCCACCUACUGUUACCUUCCCUAGUAAUAAUUCAUACAUCCUCCUGCCACCAUCGAGCAAUGUGCGAACAAUUGUUGCUACAGUAUUGGCAACUGAUAGGGAUACAGGAAUUAAUGCUAAUUUAAACUAUAGUCUGGUCGGGGGAAACCCAUUUAAGCUGUUUGAGAUCGACACAGAAAGUGGUGUAAUUUCCUUGGUUGGGAAAUUAGCUCAAAAGCACUAUGGUCUGCAUCGACUGGUUGUACAAGUUAAUGACAGUGGUCUACCUUCCCAGUUCACAAUAUCCCUUGUCCAUGUAUACGUUAAUGAGAGUGUGUCCAAUGUCACAAUUGUGGAAGCUCAAAUCUCAAAGAGCCUACACACAUCUUUGACACAAGACAUUGCAGGUGAUCCAAGCUAUGAUUUAGGGAAGCAAAGACUUAGCAUAGUAAUUGGUGUGGUAGCUGGCAUUAUGACUGUAAUCCUUAUAAUACUGGUUGUGGUCAUGGUACGAUAUUGUAGACCAAAGAAUAAAAACGGAUAUGAAGCUGGUAAGAAAGACCAUGAAGAUUUUUUUACUCCACAGCCGCAUGAUAAGAAUAAAAAGCCUAAAAAGGACAAAAAGAACAAAAACUCAAAACAAGCUCUGUACAGCAGCAUAGUAACCGUCGAAGCUUCAAAACCUAAUGGACAGCGAUAUGACGGUGUCAAUGAGAAACUGUCAGACAGCCCAGGCAUGGGUCGCUAUCGAUCUGUGAAUGGAGGCCCAGGGAGUCCUGACCUGGCAAGGCAUUACAAAUCAAGCUCGCCUCUGCCAACAGUUCAACUUCACCCACAGUCACCAACUGCUGGGAAAAAGCACCAGGCUGUGCAGGAGCUGCCCCCUGCCAACACUUUUGUAGGAACAGGCGAUAACAUUUCCAUUGGAUCUGACCACUGUUCUGAGUACAGCUGCCAAACCAACAACAAGUACAACAAGCAGCCAUUUCGCAGAGUGACGUUUUCUGUGGUGAGCCAGCCUCAGGACCCACACCAGGGAUCAUUGCAGAGUUGCUAUGAUAGUGGAUUGGAGGAAUCAGAGACGCCCAGCAGUAAGAGCUCGUCAGGUCCCAGACUCGGUGCCCUACCCCUCCCAGAGGACAACUAUGAGAGGACUACGCCGGAUGGCAGUGUUGGUGAGGCAGAGCAUAUGGAAAAUGAUUCAAGGACAUUGCCAGAUGUAGCCAUGACAGGGAAGUGCACCAGGGAAUGCAAUGAAUUCGGUCACUCAGAUUCCUGCUGGAUGCCUGUCCGAACUUCUCCUGAAAGAAGACAAAAGAAUCAACCAAAGCUCUCAACAUUUAUGCCCACAACCGAACAAGGCAGCCAGGAACAACUCGCUAAUGGAGACCCCCCUCUCAUGGGUGAUCGCAACAGAAACCUUCCGAACAACAAGAUGCCGUCAUCUUAUGAGAUCUUCAGCUCGGCCAGUUUCAGCAACAAUGAGGAUGCCAGGCCAGAGGAUAUACCUCUUACACAAACAGGAGAGUACAAGCCAUCUCCUGUUAAUACACUUACCAGAAGGGAAGUGUACCUGUAAGAUGAUAUAUUUACACCCACAAUCAAAAAAUAAGCAUUUUUUUUAAAUAAUACAACCUGAAAGCUACUAAUGAGACAAAGAUUGGCGCUGUUGCAGACAAGUCCGGCUCUGAAAUACUUGCUGCCUGAUUGUAGUGUACAUUGUUGAAUUCAUUUUCAUAACUUGCAUGCCUAAUCUCCCUCACAGAUUUUUUUGUAAAUUGACAGUUGGAAAUCAGUUUAACAGAAAUUGAAUCUGAUUGAGAUGUACGCAAUGCAACAUUGAUAGCGACAGGAGCUAACCAGGGUUUGUUAAUGUGUCGUCAAACCUGAUGAAGAUGACAGGUCAGUAAACUCUAAUCAGAAUUUGUCAUUGAAUAUAUAUAGACCAUGAUGAGAAUGACACUUAAAAAAAGAUGAGAAAAAAGCAUAAAUAUACUAUCUAAUAUGAUCUCCAAGAAGACGCAGCUUUAAUCACGUGCCCCAAGGCUUAAGACAGUGUCACAAAUUGUUUUACCCUUGUCACUUACAAUGAAAUUAUACUACAUGGGCAUUGGUCUCUCUACGAAAGCCAAGAGGUUAAUUAAUACUACUUGAUAAGAGUCUGGUGGCACUGCUGCUAUGUAAACAAUCGUACUUGGAGAAGUGUUGUUUGUAAUAUAUAUAUAUAUAUAUAUAUAUAUAUAUAUAUAUAUAUAUAUAUAUAUAUAUAUAUAUAUAUAUAUAUAUAUAGUACGCCCUUAGUGUAACAAUCAAGUCUUUGGAUUUAAACUAUAUUUUAUAAAACUGUGGACAAAAUUCUGAACUCUGAAGAAGAUGCAAGUUUAUGACCCAUGAAUAAUGAUAAUAUGUUAAUGAUCACUUGAGACAUCUAAAUAUGUGUAAACCUGGCUGUACAUAUGAACUAAUUGUCCUAGCUUAAAUGACGGACUUACUUCAGACUGGAGGCCUUUGGGAAACUGAUGUUUACUCCUUAUGGCAUUAAAAAAGCAAACUUGAUGUUUCAUCAAUAUAGGACAACAAAGAAAUAUACAAUAUUGUGCCAUUUUACAGGCUGCAUGAAAAUUAAGAUAGAAGAUGGAUGAACUGCUGUAAUGUGAACACUCAUUCUGAGCACAAUUAAAGGAUAUGACAUAUAGAGCAUAUCAAUGUGUGCUUCAUCUUUAGAUUGGAUCUUGUCACAUAUAUGUUGGGAUUCAGUUUGCAGACAUGGAAUUUGCAUCAUUAAAGCAUGUAGAGGUACAUAAGUGCUGGGAUACAACAAGCAGUGUUGUUGGCUUAAGCCCUGCAAUAAUGUCUUAUCUAGGCUAUAGUGGGGGAAAAAAAGCAUCAAGGAUAAUGCCACAGCUCUGGGCUGUUGCACUUUUGACAGCAUACACAUCUAUAAACAAGAAUGUACUACAUCUCACUGGAGGAAAAUAAUCAAAGUCUGUGUUGUGACUUAAAAACGAAGAAAGGAGGCAGAGAACAUAAUGUUUUAUAAUGAAAAUAAUGGGAGCCCCAACAAAUGGAAACCACAGACAAACCAAAGUUUUGGAAACAACAAAAUGGCAUGAAGGCAUAACCUGAUAUUUUCUCUGGUAAAAUUUAGACAAACAGAAAUAGCUUGUUGGUAGUUUGCUGCUUUAAAUACAUGCACAAGUGUAAAUGUAUAGCCUAAGUAUAGGCUGACUGGAAAAUUCCAAUUUCUUGCAACUUCUGUUUAAUUUUAAAUUACCACCAACAAGUAGCACUGUUUUGUGCCCCUUUAUCUGUUGCAAUGACCUUGUUACAUUAGCACUUCCUGUAAUUUCAAUAUAAAAAGUUAUGUUAAAAGGGAAAAUGCUCUGAAGACAUAAGUAAAAAAGGAAAUCUCAAAUGAAAUAAUAAUUGAGUAUUUUAUAUGUUAUUAUCUAAUAAAAAAAACUAAUCCUUUGUUACAGAACUGUUAAAUGCAGUACUGCAUUCUAUAGUCUGUAAGUACUUGUUAAGAAAAGUGCUUCUAAAUUGCUUAUAAACUGUAAACAUAAAUAUGUAUUUUUAUUGCACGUUUAAAGGGAAUUUACUUCACAUACUGCAAAAGAAAACAAAAUAAAACAAAAAAAUAUAUAUUUUCUUUUUGUGUAAACAUGAAGUCCAUCAUGUUGCUUGCUUUUGUUAUAUCUUCAACAAACAUUUGUCAUGUAGUCUGUUUUAGGGUACUAUUUAAAGCGGAUGAUAUCAUCACACUACGUAAGCCCAUUUUAAAAAGGCCAGAACCACGUGAAUGCGACAUUCUUUGACCCUAAAUGGCUAUUAUGAUAUAAUAAUAAUUGUAGCGAGAGUUUCGUUACCUGUGACUGUCUGGCUUUCCUUAUGCAGUACAUACAUUGAAAAAAGUUGCAACUUUCAAGUGGCAUGGUGUAGAAUGAUGUUUUAUGUUGUUUAUUUUUGUUGUAGGUUUAAUCUAGUGCCACAUUGUAUAAUUAGAGUGCUUCUGUAAAAAUAGAGUGAAUGCAAAUAUGCAAUCGUGCCUUUUUAUACCUACUGGUAUGAUUCAGUGUUGGUAGGAAAACAAAGAGUAAUGGGCUGCUUCAUAUUAUGUUUUAGACCUGUAUUUAACUGUAUUACACUGAUCAGCUCAUUUAGGGUACAUUGUAAGUUGUCUUUCUGGUUAAUCAGAUAAAAGAUCAGUCAAAAUUAUUUUGCAUUAUGAAACAAUGCAGGGAUGAUGUGCUGUAUGGUUAAAUUAGGUUUGACAUGGUUGAUUAGAAAAAAAGACGUUUUUAUUAUUUCUAUGACUGUUAUGCAAUUCAUUCAGUGUUUUUAAAUACCAAUAUGAAACUGAUUUACCCACAACUAUUGCUGACUUACAUUAAAAACUGUAACUAUAAUUUAGCUGUGUUGACAUAACAGUCUAGUUGAAUCAAUAUUAUGCAGCCAACACAUACACAUUAUGUUGUGUUGUAAAAAAUACUUUUGAUUGUUCAGUUAUGUGAAGUCCAGAAAUGACUGAAGUUGCUUUUGGAGAUGUAUAUAAGGUCCUAAAAGUUGCUGGCUGAAGGAGUACCUCUAGAAGUUAAAGAUGUGAAGCACAUCUGAUUUUCUUCUUGGCAUGCUUGCAGUUUUAAGUAGCAUCACAAGAAUAUUACAGCAUAACAUUAUACAGCGAAAAAAAAAGAAUAAAAAGCAGGUCCGAUGUGUGGUCAGAAGUCUGAAAAUAACAUCACAUUCAAAUCUCAUAUUGUUAUUGGUCCUGACAGAAUGUGGCUUCACUUGAAUUAGUUUGAU